GCGGGCGGCGGGCGAUGGGCGAGGGCGCGCUGGCCCCGGGCCUGCAGCUGCUGCUCCGCGCCUGCGAGCAGGGAGACACCGACACAGCGCGGCGCCUGCUGGAGCCUGGCGCCGAGCCCGCCGCUGGGCCCGAGGCCGGAACGGAGCCGGCAGGGCCCGAGGCGGCCCGGGCAGCGGAGGCCGGGGCGCCGGUGCCGGUGGACUGCUCGGAUGAGGCGGGCAACUCAGCGCUGCAGCUGGCGGCGGCCGGUGGCCACGAGCCACUCGUGCGGUUCCUGCUCCGCCGCGGAGCCUCGGUCAACAGCCGCAACCACUACGGCUGGAGCGCGCUCAUGCAGGCGGCCAGGUGUGGGCAUGCGAAUGUGGCACACCUCCUUUUGGAUCACGGGGCUGAUGUCAACGCUCAGAAUCGUCUGGGUGCCAGCGUGCUUACUGUGGCUUCUCGGGGCGGCCACCUGGGUGUGGUGAAGCUGCUGCUAGAGGCAGGUGCCAUUGUGGACCAUCACAACUCCUCUGGCGAGUCACCGGCAAUGGGAGGCAGCAGGGACGAACUGCUGGGCAUCACGGCCUUAAUGGCUGCCGCUCAGCACGGGCAUGAGGCCGUGGUCCGCCUGCUGAUGGAGUGGGGUGCGGACCCCAACCACACAGCCCGGACUGUGGGCUGGAGCCCUCUGAUGCUGGCGGCCCUUCUUGGGAAGCUCAGUGUGGCACAGCAGCUGGUGGAGAAAGGAGCCAACCCCGACCACCUCGGUGUGCUGGAGAAGACAGCCUUCGAGGUUGCCCUUGACCGCAAGCACAGGGAAGUGGCUGACUACCUGGACCCACUGACCACCGUCAGGCCGAAAACAGAUGAGGAGAAGAGGCGUCCUGAUAUUUUCCAUGCACUGAAGAUGGGAAACUUUCAGCUGGUCAAGGAGAUUGCCGACGAAGACCCCAACCACGUGAACCUGGUCAAUGCGGAUGGGGCGACCCCACUGAUGCUGGCGGCUGUCACCGGGCAGUUGCCCCUGGUACAGCUGCUGGUGGAGAAGCACGCAGACAUGGACAAGCAGGACAGCGUGCAUGGCUGGACGGCCCUCAUGCAGGCCACCUACCACGGAAACAAGGAAAUUGUCAAGUAUCUGCUAAAUCAAGGGGCUGAUGUUGCUCUUCGGGCCAAAAACGGGUACACAGCCUUUGACCUGGUGAUGCUGCUGAAUGAUCCUGACACUGAACUUGUUCGACUGCUGGCGUCUGUGUGCAUGCAAGUGAAUAAGGACCGAGGCCGGCCCAGCCAUCGGCCACCUCUUCCCAACUCGAAGGCCAGGCAACCCUGGAGCAUCCCUGUGCUCCCUGACGACAAGGGAGGCCUGAAGUCCUGGUGGAGCCGGAUGUCCAACAGGUUCCGAAAGCUCAAACUUAUGCAGACACUGCCACGUGGGUUGGCUGCCAACCAGCCUUUGCCUUUCUGUGAUGAGCCUGAGCUGGCGCUGGACUCCACCAUGCGGGCACCUCCCCAGGACAGGACUAGCCACCUUGGGCCACCUGAAGCAGCCCAUGUGACCAAAGACAGCGGUCCUGGGAGCUCAAGAGAGAAGGAGGAUGUGUUACUGACAACCAUGCUACGAAAUGGAGCUCCCUUCCCCCGACUCCCCAGUGAGAAGCUGAAGGCCGUCAUUCCGCCCUUCCUGCCCCCGUCCAGCUUUGAGCUGUGGAGUUCUGACAGGUCCCGCACCUGCCGCAAUGGGAGGGCAGACCCCACAAAGACUGUGCUGCCCCCAAGAGCCAGCAGGGCCCACCCUGUAGGCUACGUGGGCACAGACACUGCUGCCAACAGGCCAGUGAAAUUCCCCAGCAUCUCCAGAAGCCCCACCUCUCCUGCCAGCUCUGGGAGCUUCAACCACUCGCCUCAUUCCUCAGGGGGUGCCAGUGGCAUUGGGGGCAUGAACAGGCUGGGCGGGGAGCCACAUAACCGCUCAGGUGGCAGCGUAGACAGCGUCUUGUCCCAGAUUGCCGCUCAGAGGAAGAAAGCAGCAGGCCUGUGUGAGCAGAAGCCCAGCCAGCGGUCCAGUCCCGUGGGGCCAGCGGCCGGCUCCAGCCCGCCAGAGCUCCCAGCCUCCCUCGUGGGCAGUGGUAGCGGCUCUUCCAGUGGCACUCCCAGCAGCAAGAAACUGGACCCCAGCAAACGGCCUCCUUCUGGAACUUCUGCUACCUCUAAAAGCACCUCCCCUACCCUUACCCCCUCCCCCUCUCCCAAAGGCCACACUGCCGAAUCUUCAGUGUCUUCCUCCUCAUCCCACCGGCAGUCUAAGAGCAGUGGAGGCUCCAGCAGUGGCACCAUCACAGAUGAGGAUGAGCUGACUGGAAUCCUUAAGAAGUUAUCCCUUGAGAAAUACCAGCCCAUCUUCGAAGAGCAGGAGGUGGACAUGGAAGCCUUCCUCACUCUCACCGACGGUGACCUGCAGGAGCUGGGGAUUAAGACUGAUGGAUCCCGGCAGCAGAUUCUGGCAGCCAUCUCCGAGCUGAAUGCGGGCAAGGGCCGUGAGAGGCAGAUUCUACAGGAAACCAUUCACAACUUCCACUCUUCCUUUGAGAGCAGCGCCAGCAACACCAGGGCCCCUGGCAACAGUCCCUCCAUGGCAGGAUGGGGAAGGCCGGAAGAAGCAGUGUCUAGCAGGAGGUAGCUGCAGCUUUGAUGAUUCUACUGGCUUUGGAGCUCCGAGGCAUUAAGAGUUGAGCAGUGAAUCCCCGCCCUGCCACUGUGUCUUCUCCUGUGUUAUUUCUUCACUCACAGCAAGUAGAUAGAGAAAAGGCUGGGUAGCCAAACCAUCAGAGCAGAUGUAGCAGGCAGGAGCCUGGGAUGCCUUCUCACUGCUUCUGCUUCGGAGAGGCCUGAGAAUGUACAGACAAGGUUGGGGACUGCCCAGCUGCAGAUACAAACCCUAACUUGUUCAUGCAAGCAGGUGCUGCCUUCAAGGCCUGGGACCCUUCCAGAAAAGAUGCUGCUCAUGGGUGAACCCCUUCAAGGUUGGCAAAGCACCCCACUGUGGCUGCCUUGUUUGUCCACCAUCAGUGGGUACUGUUGAACAUGUGAAGAAGCUUGAUGCUGUCCCUAGUGAAGUUGGUGCCAAAUUCAGCAACUGCCAGGGAGAGGGCACCAGACCUUUGGGAGUUUCCCACUCCUUGCCAGUUACUUCGAGGGGAUCGGCCAGGCUACCCGCUGUUCUUGGGGGACUGCUUUCCAGGAACAGACCUGGUCGCAGCCAUGUUUGUGGCACAGCCGAGAGCAUAAAUGGACGGCGAGAUGAGGGUGCAGGAGGGAGCUGUCAAUGAAGAGCCAUGUGGGAAGAGAGCAGCAAGCCCUCAUCACUUGUCUUCAGCUACUCCUGCCCCACUGGGCUUUCUUCCUGUGGCCAAAACCAUACUUGCUGCUGGCCAGAGCCCUGCUGCUGGAAUGGAGCCAGCUCACUUCAGAGCAAGGUCCUGUGUCCUGUGGGAGCCUUUCAAGACCAACCAUCUUCAUCAGGAUGCCCUGCUGGCGGGGCUAGAGUGCAAUCUUGUCCCAACUCACACCAGGGUGGCUACACCUGGUGGUCAGAGACCACGGUGCCAUUUUAUGUCAGCCCUACAGUUGGUUUUUAUUUUCCUCACAUUAGUCUCACAUUAUUUCUAUACAGGCCUUGAUUCUUGGAAAGAUUUUUGCUUGCCAAACUGAAUAUAUAAAAA